UCAAUCAAUCAACAAGUGAGGCCGUUGUGAAGGCGGGUGUAUAAAUGAAAAAGAAGAGGAACGAAAGGAGGAGGACCUAAGAAGCGAUACAAAGCGUUACAGGUCAAAAGAAGAAGAAGAAGAAGAAGAAGCCAGCCAGCCAGCAGGUCAAGAGAAGAAGGAGGACGGACAGGUGUGUGUAUGGCCACGCCGAGCUGCUUAACUUGAAGGUUUGCCGCCGCCUGCAGCGUUAUGCCAUGCUGGUGUUGGUGCAGAAGUGAGGGUCUGAGGCGGUGCUGUGUUCAGCGCUCCUUGCGUCCUCACUGCCGCUGACCUCAGUUGCAGUGGAGGUUGCAAGGCCGGGCAGUAGUCUGAGUGGCCAGGACCAGAAGGAGCAGACUGUCUCUUGUGUGAGGAUCAGGACUGAACAGGAGAGCCACCUCACCACCACCACUUUGCUACUGGCAUCUCCAGCCAUAAAGGAAAGGAAAAGUUUGAGUGCAGGAAGACUUGAGACAGAAUAGGUCCACUAGACACAGCCUUGUACACACUGGUGAAGGAAACCAUGAGUGCUGGGGGUGUGGGAGAAGACUUCCUGGGAUGGGUGACCUCACUAAGUACACCCACACACUCCGAUGAAAGACCUCAUGAAUGCCAUGAGUGUGGCAAGAAAUUCAGUAAGAAGAGUAUCCUCAACAGACACACCCUUACACACACUGGUGUAAGACCUCAUGAAUGCCAUGAGUGUGGCAAAAAGUUCAGUGUUAAGAGUGACCUCAACACACACACCCUUACACACACUGGUGAAGGACUUCAUGAAUGCCAUGAGUGUGGCAAAAAGUUCAGUAAGAAAAGUAUCCUCAACACACACACCCUUACACACACUGGUGAAAGACCUCAUGAAUGCCAAGAGUGUGGCAAAAAGUUCCGUGUUAAGAGUACUCUCAACACACACACUCUUACACACACUGGUGAAAGACCUCAUGAAUGCCAAGAGUGUGGCAAAAAGUUCAGUUUGAAGAGUAGCCUAAAGACACACACUCUUAUACACACUGGUGAAAAACCUCAUGAAUGCCGUGAGUGUGGCAAAAAAUUCACUCAGAAGAGUAUCCUCAACAAGCACACCCUCACCCACACUGGUGAAAGACCUCAUGAAUGCCAUGAGUGUGGUGAAAAGUUCAGUAAGAAGGGUAUCCUUAACAAACACACCCUUACACACACUGGUGAAAGACCUCAUGAAUGCCAUGAGUGUGGCAAAAAGUUCAGUAAGAAGAGUAUCCUCAACAGACACACUCUUACACACACUGGUGAAAAACCUCAUGAAUGCCAAGAGUGUGGCAAAAAGUUUAGUCAGAAGGGUCAGCUCAACACACACACCCUUACCCACACUGGUGAAAGACCUCAUGAAUGCCGUGAGUGUGGCAGUAAGUUCAGUACGAAGAGUCACCUUAAUACACACACCCUUACACACACUGGUGAAAGACCUCAUGAAUGCCUUGAGUGUGGCAGAAAGUUCAGUACGAAGAGUCACCUCAACACACACACCCUUACACACACUGAUGAAAAGUCUCAUAAAUGCCAUGAGUGUGGCAGAAAGUUCAGGUACCAGAGUGACCUCAACACACACACCCUAAUGCACACUGGUGAAAGACCUUAUGAAUGCCAUGAGUGUGGCAAAAAGUUCAGGUACAAGAGUAACCUCAACGCACACACGCUUACGCACACUGGUGAAAGACCUCAUGAAUGCCAUGAGUGUGGCAAAAAGUUCAGGCACAAGAGUGACCUCAACACACACACUCUUACGCACACUGGUGAAAGACCUUAUGAAUGCCAUGAGUGUGGCAAAAAGUUCAGUAAUCAGAACAACCUUAACACACACACCCUUACACACACUGGUGAAAGACCUCAUGAAUGCCUUGAUUGUGGCAAAAAGUUUAGUCAUAAGAGUAACCUCAAUAGACACACUCUUACACACACUGGUGAAAGACCUCAUGAAUGCCGUGAGCAUGGCAAAAAGUUCAGUAAGGAAAAUAACCUCAACAUACACACCCUUACACAUCCUGGUGAGAGACCUCAUGAAUGCCAUGAAUGUGGCAAAAAGUUUAGUCAUAAGAGUGACCUCAAGAAACACUUUCUUAUACACACUGGUGAAAAACCUCAUGAAUGCCAAGAAUGUGGCAAGAGGUUCAGUUCUAAGUCUUCUUUCAACAAGCACAUCCUCAGACACUAUGGCAUGAGAGAGUUGAAGUGUGAUGUUUGUGAGAAGUAUUUCAAGGUGAAGGCAGAUAUUGCCAAACACAUGAAGAUCCACUUCCCUUGAGGUGCUGUGUGUGGUGGUGGAAGGCACCGGUUGGCAGCCACGUCCUGGUUCUGCUGACGGAUCGUUUUCCUUGAUUCAUCAGCAUAAGGUGGAGGUGCCGGGAGGCCAGCCAUGCCGGGUGAGAAGAUCCCUGGGAACCAGAGGCUACUGAACCAGCACCUCCUGGUGGGGGAUGUCCACCCACCCCUGGGCAGGGCAGGACUGCUGACACGGCUGGUGGCUCUGAGGUUGGUGUAGGGGCCUCCGAGGGGCCGCCUGGGUGAGCUAUCUCUCCAGGGCUGAGAAGGACACUGCCCGGGAGUCUGGGAUGACCUGCAGAGAAGACAACACAUGAGGAAGGACCACAGGAGCUAGCAGCAGUGGUGAAGGAUCUUGAAGGGUGCAUCACUGAGGGCAGGGACUUGAACCCAAGCCUUCAGGGUGACGGUGGGCAGCACACCAACUGGACCACCGAUGGCCAGUGAAGGCACCAUGCUGGGGCCACCCUACCACACAACCUAGAUAAGUGUGGGAGGCAUUUAGAGUCCUUUGUGUGGCUGGGGGGGGCAUGUAUCUGUGGGGUUUGUCAACAUACUGUGGGGGGGACAUCCUGUGGGGCCUGUGAGCUGUGGCAAGGCGAGGCGUCUCUCUCUCUCUCUCUCUCUCUCUCUCUCUCUCUCACUGGAUUGAAGAGGCUGCCUGCAUUGCCCUUUGAAGGCUGUCACGUGAGGGCUCAGGCAGAAUGGUUCCUUCGCCCACCCCACAGGCUGUCCCUUCCUCAGUCAGUUCCAACACCAGUCGGGCGCCACUCCACACCAGCUUUCUGUGAACCACAUCUAGAGUUAAUGAUGGCUUCCAACAUGUUAGUUUUCUUUGUUGAUAAUAGUGUGACAAAUAGGCCAGGAAGAAAGUGAAGCUUAUUGAUUAUAACAAAGGACAAAAAAGUGUUGUUGCCUGCAGUCUGACACAAAUUGAAAGUCCAUUUGUGUGGGUCCCACGCCUCUCCCAGCACUGACGCAUCACUUCAAUACAUCGCUCAUAUGUCUGCUGUUUACUGUUUGAACUUGUUUAUAAAAUAUUUUGUAUAUAUUAAAUAAUGUUACGUAG